UUUACUGUGAUUUCAAUCUGUGUUUUUGAGAUCUAAACAAUUCACAUUUGCUCUGAAUUCCCUUCUACUGUCCAAAAAUGGGAGUAGUAAUUGAAACCGAAAUAUGGGAACCAAACAAGGGACUGUACAAUUUCAUGUUCAUAUGUUGCUUCCUUUCAAUCUUAUGUUUACCCAACAAAACCAUCCCAAAUGUGUUUGAUCACGCGUCUUCCUCUUCUCUCCUUCGCUUCCAACGAACCUUUCUUCUCUUCUAUUCACUAUCCUCAGUGAUUGAUGGACUAUGGGCAGUGUUUGGGGAGUACGAAUGGGCAUAUUAUGGUGUGAGCAAAGAGCAAAUGGUGAUGUCGUUAUGUGUUGGAUAUGGGGUCUCUCUAUUAAUCGGCAGUUUUCUUGGAAUGCUUUCUGAUCUUAUUGGUCAUAAGAAAUUAUGUUUGUUGUUUUACCUGCUGCACCUUUUUGUUGGAAUAUGGAAGAGAAUUACUGCAGAACCAGCAUUUUGGUUGGCGAGCAUCUGUCUCUCUCUGGCCUCUUCAAUAUUUUCCUUCAGUUUCGAAACAUGGAUGGUAGUUGAGAAUGAUAAGCUGAGCCUGAGGCAUGAUGCACUGAAUAAUAUGUUUUGGCUAAUGACUUUCUUUGAAUCUGCAUCUUUCAUAGGCAGCCAGGUGCUUGGUAAUUGGCUGAUUGAUAGUAAUGUGAACAAAAAUAUAGCUUCUAUUUGCAAUGCAGCUAUUGUUAUAACAGUUGCCGCAAUCACUUAUGUCACACGUGGAUGGAAAGAAGCUUCACAAGUAGCAUCUUUCAAGGAUUACCAGAUUUUGUUUUACAGAAAUGUCAUCAGUGAGAAAAAGAUAUGGUUGUUAUCAUGGGUGCAAGCCUGUGUCCAUUUCUCUGCAGUUGCCUUCUGGAUUCUUUGGGCUCCUACUAUAGUGGCUGAUGGGAGAGAUGUAUCAUUGGGAUUGAUAUAUCCUUGUUUCCUGGGCGCUAGGAUGCUUGGCAGCACUGGAUUUCCAUGGUUGUUCAAUGGACCCUUGUCGAUUCGAAUGGAAGAAUGCUUAGUAUAUUUGCUUAUCAUGAUGGGCCUUGUUUUCUCUAUAGUUGCUUAUGAUUAUCAGGAAAUUGGAGUUCUCGUGAUGCUGUUCAUAUUGUUUCAUGCUUGCGUGGGCAUGGUUUUGCCUUCACUUGCCAGAUUGAGAUCAAUGUAUGUGCCAAAUGAAGUUCGUGGAGGAAUGAUGAGUCUAUCUCUUGUUCCUGCAAAUGCAAUACUUCUGUUUCUUGUAUUACAGGUUGCAAUUGUGCUGAUGUUGCAGGGAGGUUAUUACAAGAGCAUUUGGAACUCAACUAUCAUGGCAUUUUCCACUCUUGGACUAUUCUCUGCAGCUUAUUGCAUGCAUAUAUUGAAAAAAUGGGGAAAGCAACUCCAUCAGAACAGGCGUAACUUGUGAUUUGGAAAUUCGCUCUAUUAACCUCAAGGUGUGAUGGAUCGAUCUCUGAUUUGUCGAGUUGUCAUUUUUGUGACUUCACAAUCUCACCACGCAUGUAAAUUUGAAACCAAAGAUGAGAAACUUGGGAAUCAUACACUUCUUACCAGAAACAAGGGAAUCCAACAAGAGGAUAAUACAGGGUAAGUCUUCAAUUUUACGUAAUUCGUUUCAGUCAAUUGCAUCUGGCCAACAAUAAUGGGCAGCUGCUGUUCAGAAAGUGUAAGGAGGCAUACAGAGUAGCAAAUAAUCCUCUGAUUAUGUCUAUAUUCUGGGUUUCGUUCAUAACUAUAAAAUACCAAAGAGCAGGGUUUGCCAGCUUUGAAGCUACCCAGUUAAGAGAAAUAAUUUCCUGUUUUGUAGAACAUUUAGCAGAGUGAUCAAGUAUUCAAUGUCCUUAGGAUUUGCUUAUCUAUGUGUCUUAUUGGUGAAUAGUUUCAAUAGAAUUGACUCUACUUUCAGCACCAUAAAUUUGUUUACCAGUACUUAAAUUCA